AGGAGGUUGAGAACCGUAACGGAAUCUAAAAUUGGCAAACCUGAUAGCCGGUUCUAACAGCGCCAUCGUUGGUGGAAAACUUUUCCUAUUUAGCAGGACAGCAUUUCUCAAUCGUAUAAGUUCGUCCCUCAGAGUGACAAGGGGCAAGAAGAAAAUGUAAUUGAAGUCAAGGAGUUUUCCGCCGUGCGGUGCCUGUCCCUGAGCGCGAUCCUCCCGGCGUCCCAGGACGAGGAAGGCAAUUCGGGAAGCGAGAAGGCGCGACGCGCCACUUCUCAGCCUUCACCGGCUUCUCCGUUUGUAUCCUGCAGUCCGCGAUUCUAAUUGUGGGGUAGCCAUCCAUCGGUGACCAUCGUUGUCCUCGUCUUCGUCGCGAUCAACUCGCAGACAAACUCGAGCAACUCUGAAGCCUCCAUUACCGCUGAGCCGCCUUUCGAACUCAUUACAAAAGCACGCUCGACCGAUCGUCCCGGCUCACUCAGCUCCAAGUCAUGUCGUCAGGAGCAGGGUCUAGCGGAACUGGUAGAGGUCGUGGUUCGUCUCUUGCAGACAAUAAGCCUGAUAACAAGGAGGCAAAACCAAAUCCAAAGAUGUCGAAGGCUUUAGGAACCUCAGCAAAGAGGAUACAAAAAGAACUUGCAGAAAUCACUUUGGAUCCACCACCAAAUUGCAGUGCUGGACCGAAAGGUGACAAUUUAUAUGAAUGGGUCUCUACAAUUUUGGGACCUCCAGGCUCGGUGUACGAAGGAGGCGUUUUCUUCCUGGACAUUCAUUUCUCCCCAGAGUAUCCUUUCAAACCUCCUAAGGUGACAUUCCGAACGCGUAUUUAUCACUGCAACAUAAAUAGUCAGGGUGUAAUAUGCCUGGACAUACUAAAAGACAACUGGUCGCCAGCACUGACCAUCUCCAAGGUUCUUCUAUCAAUUUGCUCCCUCCUCACAGACUGCAAUCCAGCUGAUCCUCUGGUGGGCAGUAUAGCAACACAAUAUUUGCAAAAUCGCGAGGAACAUGAUCGCAUAGCGCGGCUCUGGACGAAGCGAUACGCCACAUGAGCGUUCCCGGGUGGCCAUAACCUCCUAUCAGCCUCAUGCCAAAAUCCGAGCCGCAAGCAAGUGAGCAAGCAAGCCGCGCCCAAGGAUGCAGAAGCAGGCAAGCGAGCGAACAAGCUAGCAAAAGCCGGUCGAAGGAGCCGGAAAGCAAGAAAGACAAGAGGCCUGGACAUCGUGUGCCGGUACGCACCCGCGGCAUGAGCUUGGAGAGCUCUCACCCGAGGAGGAACCUAGACUAAGCCGAAUACAACUAUGACAAGCUAGUAUUUAAAUGCCCGACCGGUACUACCGAAUAUUUCUAGGCUAGGCAGGUCACGAACUACGAUUAACGUUAAGUAAGUAAUUAGGUACUUAGUUGCUAAGAGAGAAUCAACCUCGACCGCGCGGACCUUCCUCCAAGAAGGAUUUCGUUUCGUUUCGACCCACUGAUACAAGUUUCAUGAAAUUUCAACAUUAUUUAAAACUAAAACAGAAUCAACUUCGAGGCAUACUUAACUUUGAGAGUAGAAAAAUCAUUAUUUCCGAUGGAAGGUUCGUCCGGCGCCGAUUUCUCACGACUCUUCCCGGUAUUUUUGUAUCGAACCGCUAACCUUAAAUUAUUCGUUUCCUUGCCUCGCGUCAUGUCAUGUCGCCGGUCCCCUCGACUCUUGUCGGCUUCUUCCUUCGAUGUCUGUCUGUCCAUAUCUUUUCUUUUUUCCUUUUCGGAAAGAAAGAAAAUCUAUUACGAAUUAAAGAGAAUCAUUAACCGGCUGGCCGAGGAGGAUACUUGCCGAGAGAACCCGUGGACCGGUCGCUGUUUGGGGCCAGCUGCUAAAUCACUGUAAUUGUAAAUAAAACUCUUAUUUCCUGUAUAUUCAUGCUGCUAGUAAGUACCGUAUUAAAAAUGAAAAAAGGAAAACGAGGGACUGUAGUUUUAAUCGGAAAUUUACACUUCGGCCUUGCCUUUCCUGGAUGUGUUAAGAUCAUUAUUGAUAUUUUCAUCUGUGCCAGGUGGGGAUGAGAUGAACUAGUGAGUGGAUGUGGGAAAGAUUGAUGAUUGUACGAAUGACUAUGAGUGAGAGAGAGAAACUGUGUUUGGAUAAAACGAACCGGUUAAAGUUGAUCACUCGAGUUCUCGUUGAACCUCUCGACGAUCCUUAGAGAAUCCUUCGAAAGAUCCGAGAUUACUCUUAGUCAACUGGAUAGUUCAGCCAUAAGGGCUUUCGCGUUCUCUUUCGACCUCGAAAGGAACCCAUAUUAAUUCCUUAUGAUUAAUCUCCACCUUCCAUGUGCGACUUUAAAAAAGUUAAUUCAUCGAAUCAAGCCCUUGGAGAUGCAUUUGAGGAUUUGUUGCGAUUCUUUUAAAACGUUUUAUGUCAUUAGCCUAAUUCUUUAAGUUUUCCUUAUCUUUUUAGUACUACAAAUUAAAAGUAAUCACUCAUAAUCUUCGCGAUACGAUGAUCAUUAUUAGGAAUUAGUCAUUCACAGGGUCUCGAGACACGUAAUUUAAGUAAGUUUUCCUUUUGCAUUUUAAAAACGUAACUUUUAAGGAUCCAUCAUCGAAACAUUGACACACUUUAUAAAGGAGUAUAGGUAUUGCUCAAAGAUUGUAAAGCAAAAAAAAAAGAGGAAGAGGAAGUGAAACAAAGUGAAAUAAGAGAAUGAGAAUUAAGUCUUUUGUUAUUCCAAAAUUGAAUCCACGCUUAGUAUUUAUGUUCAGCGUCUCGCCUAAGUCGUCGUGAUAAAAAUAAAAAAUAUAUCUAUAUAUAUACACACACAUAUAUAAUUAUAUUUCACUACAGUUAAUAAAGCCCGUGCGUCGUUAUUUUGGCGAUAUGAAUUACUAUUAUUAAUUAUCACAUUCAAGAAUUUUAAGACUGCGUAUAAGGCGCCGCCCCGCGAGUUAUGUUUGAAACUGUAAUCUUCCUCGUUUGUCAUGUGUAAUCUUACAUCGCUUAUAGUUACUGGAUGGAUGAACGAGAGGGUCAGAGUGAAUGUGUGUGUGAGAGAGAGAGAAAGGAUGCUGCGAUAUAAAGAAUACAUUUAUGGAGAUUAAAGAGAACACUGAUUAGCCAAAAGCUUAACUCAAGAUCAGGCUGAACUCAGUCCUUCGCUCUUUCGGUGCAUCGAAUGCAAGAUGCACCAAAGUGCAGCCUGCGAUUCUAGUAAUUACUGCGAAUAAAUACCGUACUGAGUGUCACGAUUAAUUAUCUUAACGUUUCUUCGGCUUGUCGUUGGAACUAUUUUGUUAUUCUUAUCUUUUUUUAAAUUAAUCUUGGCUGUAUUAAAUUUCACCAGUGUUCUCACUCGCGACACUCAGUCCGGUAGGUUGAUAGGCGUGAAAUUGUAAUAAAGACGGUUCAAUAAUCUGAUAUAAUGAUAAAUGUUAGUCUGCUAGUUAAUGGCAUCGAUAUUAAGAUUAAAUAAACUGCAUCAUACAUUGA